AUGGAGUUCAACACGGUGUCCAUCUCGGACGGCAUCACCAUGGGCAGCGACGGGAUGCGCGCCUCGCUGAUCAGCCGCGAUGGUGUAUCGCCGAUUCCAUCGAGCUCGUGGCCCGGGGCAGGCAACUGGUUCGACGGCCUCGUCGUGCUGGUGGGCUGCGACAGACAUCCCCGGCGGCGUGAUGGCGUGGCGCGGGUCGACAUCCCGGGCCUCGUGCUCUACGGCGGCUCGAUCGCGCCGGGGCGGUGGGAGGGGCGCGACGUCACCAUCCAGGACGUGUUCGAGGCGGUCGGGCACGCACGCGGCCGGCAAGAUGACCGACGCGCGCGCUGA